ACCCCCUGUCUCCAUCACAUUCCGCCGUCUCCCCUCCCUCAUCUGCCGCUGGGCCAGCCCCCCUACUGAACACCGGAUUUUGAGCGCGUGCACCCGGUCGGCUUGCUCGAGCAUCCACACUGGGACACAAAUGGAAACUCUUAGGGGAAACCCAGAAAUAAGAAGUCCUGCCGCUGUAAAACAGUUGUAAUAAUAAUGGAGCAACAACAGCGUCGUUUUCUUCCCUGUCCGUCCUUCAUAAUUUAAUCGUUACAUCGUUCCGAAGCGGGCAAAGCACGUCCCGUUGUUAUACUAGUCUAGGCUACGGACCGACUGAUUGUUGUGAUACGGACGGAUUUGUGUACGCAGGAGAUGAUAUAACACCUAUAACACACACCUUGAAGACGACUAGAACGAGAACGGGUAACUGGAGCCGCGCGAAGAGGAAGCAUGAAGUUUGCGGUUGCAGUGUUGUGGCUGUUGUGGUUCUCGGUCGGCGAUGCCACUAUUGAAGAGACAAGACAACCUCCAGACUAUUCCCAACAGAGGACUUUACUGACCUAUCACAGAUGGGAAUGGUCUCAAACAGAAUAGAAACAUGGAAUGGAGCUCCAGAGGAGUUUGUGUCUCUGGCUGAGAUGGAGGAUGCCUUGUUGAGGAACCUGUUUAGAGGGUAUCAGAAAUGGGUCCGACCCGUUCUGCACGCUAAUGACACCAUCACAGUACGCUUCGGACUCAAGAUCUCACAGCUGGUGGACGUGGAUGAGAAGAAUCAGCUGAUGACUACUAAUGUCUGGCUAUGGCAGGAGUGGGUAGAUGUGAAGCUCCAGUGGAACCCUGAUGAGUAUGGAGGAAUCACCUCUAUCAGAGUUCCCUCUGAAACAAUAUGGCUGCCAGACAUCGUCCUCUAUGAGAAUGCUGACGGGCGUUUUGAGGGCUCUUUGAUGACCAAAGCCAUCGUAAGGUCAGACGGGACAAUCAGGUGGACCCCUCCGGCCAGCUACAAAUCUUCAUGCACCAUGGACGUCACCUUCUUUCCCUUCGACAGACAGAACUGCUCCAUGAAGUUUGGCUCGUGGACCUACGACGGCAACAUGGUGGACCUGGUCCUUGUGGACCACUACGUCGACCGUAAGGACUUCUUCGACAACGGUGAAUGGGAGAUCCUCAACGCCACCGGCGCCAAGGGCAGCCGACGGGACGGUAUCUACUGGUACCCCUUCGUUACCUACUCCUUCAUCCUCAAGAGGCUUCCUUUGUUCUACACACUCUUCCUCAUCAUCCCCUGUCUCGGUCUGUCCUUCCUGACCGUGUUGGUGUUCUACCUCCCGUCUGACGAAGGAGAGAAGCUGUCUCUGUCCACGUCGGUCCUGGUGUCUCUCACCGUGUUCCUCCUCGUCAUAGAAGAGAUUAUACCGUCCUCCUCCAAGGUGAUCCCUCUGAUUGGAGAGUACCUCCUCUUCAUCAUGAUCUUCGUCACCUUCUCCAUCAUCGUCACGGUGUUUGUCAUCAACGUCCACCACCGCUCCUCAGCCACCUACCACCCCAUGGCCCCCUGGGUAAAAAACCUCUUCCUCCAGAGGCUACCCAGACUGCUUUGCAUGAGGGGACACACUGACAGGUACCACUACCCAGACAUUGAGCUGCGUAGCCCAGAGCUGAAGCCCCGCGGAGGUCCAGGGAGGAGGGGGGCGUCGGGCCAGGGCCAAGCCCAGCAGAGAGGCCCUGUCGGGGGGAAGGAGGAUGAGAACCAUGCCUGGUUGGCCAUGCUGGAGAAAGCCACCAACUCAGUACGGUACAUCAGCCGUCACAUCAAGAAGGAACACUUUAUCAGAGAGGUGGUGCAGGACUGGAAGUUUGUGGCUCAGGUGUUGGACAGGAUCUUAUUGUGGGUGUUCCUCACUGUCUCCAUACUGGGUACCAUCCUCAUCUUCACUCCAGCCAUCACUUUGUACCUGACCACUCCCCCCUUCAACACAUAGACCCUAUCAGUAGACCCUAACCCCUAUAGGCAUAAUCAGUAGACCCUAACCCCUACACCCUACCACCUACACCCUACAACACAUAAUCAGUAGACCCUAACCCCUACACCCUACCACCUACACCCUACAACACAUAAUCAGUAGACCCUAACCCCUACACCCUACCACCUACACCCUACAACACAUAAUCAGUAGACCCUAACCCCUACACCCUACCACCUACACCCUACAACACAUAGACCCUACCCCUACACCCUACAACACAUAAUCAGUAGACCCUAACCCCUACACCAGGGCUGUUCUAUGUCGGUCCUGGUCCUGGUGGGCCCAAACACUUCUGGUUUUCAUCCUCUCCUUCUAAUAAGAGACUAGUCCAGUCCUGGGACACCAGGUGAGUGCAACUGACUGGAAUUGAACAGCCCUGCUCUACACCCUAAGCCCUACACCCUGCCUACUUCAGGGGUAUUCAAAUCUUACCCAACGAGGUCCGGAGUACUGCUUGUUUUCAGAUUUUUAUUUGAGGGCUCUACUCCCUAACCCAGUGUUUCCCAAUCCUGGUCCUAUGGACCCAGAAGGGUGCACAUUGUGGACCCCCCAGCACCAGGUUUGCAGUGUGUUGGUGCCAGUAGUGUAAAGUACUUUUUAAAUCAAAAUAAUGGUUGGUGCUGGGGCCAGGACCAGGAUCAGUAAACCCUGCCCUAACCCCUACAUCCUAACCCCUACAUCCUAACCCCUACACCCUACAUCCUAACCCCUACACCCUACAUCCUAACCCCUACACCGUACAUCCUAACCCCUACACCCUACAUCCUAACCCCUACAUCCUAACCACUACACCUUACAUCCUAACCACUAUACCCUACAUCCUAACCCCUACACCCUACAUUCUAACCCCUACAUUCUACACCCUACAUCCUAACCCCUACACGCUACGCCCUAACACCUACACCCUACAUCCUAACCCCUAUAUCCUAACCCCUACAUCCUACAUCCUAACCCCUACACCUUACAUCCUAACCCCUACAUUCUACACACUACAUCCUAACCCCUACACCCUACAUCCUAACCCCUACAUCCUAAGCCCUAACACCUACACCCUGCAUCCUAACCCCUAUAUCCUAACCACUACAUCCUAACCACUGCACCAUACAUCCUAUCCCCUACCAUCCUAACUCCUACACCCUACAUCCUACACCCUAACCCCUACAUCCUACCAUCCUCAUCUAUUCAGAUGUACCUUAGUGCCAGACAUUGAAGAUCCUGACCAAGUCCCCGACCACUGCUCUCAACACCUGCUAAGUACCGCACAGCCCCCAUCCCCAAGACCUCCAAACCAUAUGCAACGGAGUUGGAAUCACUACCUUUUCUACGGUGUGACGCUACGACGCUGGGGGUCAAGAGGGGGGUCAUGUGUAUUUACGAGGCAGAGGAUCCCUGGUUGGUUGGAGCCCAGGGACAUGGGAGGAAGCUAUACUGUGACGCUUGUUACACAACUCCAAGAUUUACCGCAACUCUAGCCCGAGUCAUCAACCCCUAACUCUCUCUCUCUCUCCCUCUCUCUCUCUCUCUCUCUCUCUCUCUCUCUCUCUCCCUCUCAUUCUCUCUCUCCCUCUCUCUCCCUCUCCCUCUCUCUCUCCCUCUCCC